GGAACGUCACAAGAAAAAGUCGCGUGCGCGUCGCCGUCAGGAACUUGUAGUUUUUUUUUAUCUUGUCUUGUUGAUCUCAAAGCUUGGAAUUCGAAGAAACUAUCGUCAAAUCAAAUAUUUGAUUUAAACACGCAAUGUUGAAAUGAUAUGUGAUGAAACAAAUUGUUUUCAAUCAGUGCCUUAUUCGUUUAUUGUUUAAAGUGUGACCGUACUAAAAUAAACAGAUGAGAGAUUCGACCAUCGGUGUUCAUUUGUUUUCAUUAUGACGAAGCGCCGAAGAAUACUUCACGCUGACAAAAUAAUACAAAAUGUUAUUAAUGUCUUUUGUUUGUUAAUGUUUUUACAGUUAAAAGGCUAUUAUUCGGUAGCAAGUAACCCAAUACUUCUCUAUUCAACGGCAUCUGACAUUCGUAUAGUAAACACUUCAAAACUCGGCAAAGUGAACACAAUAGUGAAAGAUCUUGAACAUGGCUCCGCUGUGGACUUCCACUACAGGAAGGAACUUGUGUGCUGGUCUGAUCAAAAUGCUGAGUUGAUACAAUGUAUGAAGUACAAUGAGACGUACAUAGGAGAAAAGAUAAGGAUAGUCUCGCAAGGAUCCCUCACGCCCACAGGCAUUGCGAUAGACUGGUACACAAACAAACUAUACUGGACAGAUGGAGACACUAAUAGGAUAGAAGUUAUUUGUAUAGAACAAAAGUAUAGAAAGGUUUUAUUCUGGUCCGAGGUUGACUUGGCCAGAGCCAUAGCCGUUGUUCCUAAAGAUGGGUUGAUGUUUUGGACGGACUGGGGUGAAAUACCUAAAAUAGAAAGAGCCGGCAUGAACGGCGACCCGGCCACGCGCAAAGUUAUAGUUAAAGAGAAUAUAUUUUGGCCAAACGGAAUUACGAUAGAUUACGACAAUAAUUUGAUUUAUUGGAUGGACGCGAAGCUUCAGUUUGUUGAUGUUAUUGAUUUUAAUGGUGAUAAAAGGAAAAGGAUUGUUAACGGAGGUCUUGUGUAUCCGUAUGCGCUGACGUUUUUCAAUUAUAAACUUUAUUGGACUGAUUGGAAAACUUGGUCGAUCCACACAUGGGAUAUAUCGACUAACGGGCCUUCAAUAAAAGAACUUAUAAAGUCGCACGAAGUACCUGUGGACAUUAAGGUGUACGACGCGACCAGGCAGCCGAUGCCUAGCGGAGACUAUCCGUGUAAAGAUAACAAUGGUGGAUGUUCACAUCUGUGUCUCCUGUCACCUACACCGCCAGGCUACAUAUGCGCAUGUCCCACCGGCUCCAAGCUGAAAGAAGACAGCAACACAACAUGUUACGACAGCCCUCAGUCCCUACUGAUCAUAGCCCAGCGGUCGGCGAUUUCCAAAAUAUCGCUCGACUCACCAGACUUCACGCCAUAUACCCUGCCAUUAAAGGAUCUGAAGAGAGCUCUCACUGUGGACUUUGAUCCUAAAUCGGAGUACAUUUACUGGGCUGACAACUUGGCUAAAACGAUAUCGAAGGCGCGUCUGGACGGCAGCGAGCAGUCCGUGGUGAUUCACAGCAGCGGCGUGCCCGACAGCAUCGCCAUCGAUCCCCUCGCGCGCAACAUCUACUGGACCGACCCCGUCACCGACACCAUCAAUGUGGCCAGGCUCGAUGGCACUUCGAAGAAGGUUAUCGUCCACAACGAUCUAUACGAUCCCCGCGCGAUCGCACUGCAUCCCACUGGCGGUUGGAUGUUCUGGUCGGAUUGGAACGAGAAGAAGCCCAAAAUAGAACGAGCUAACCUGGACGGCAGUGGACGUGUGCUGCUGAUAUCCGAGAAACUAACGUGGCCCAACGGCAUCGCGCUGGAUACCGUCGCUAACAAAUUAUACUGGUGUGAUGCAAGAACUAGGAAGAUCGAGGUAUGUAAUAUGGAUGGUACAGACAGAAAAGAAUUGCACAGUACUGAAUUACUGCAUAUUUUCGGAUUGACUUUGCUCGGAGACUAUCUCUACUGGACAGACAUGCAGAAGCGAACACUGGACAGAAUUAACAAGAAUACAGGUUUGGACAGACAGCCAGUGGUGGAGCAGAUGGCGAGCAUGAUGGGCGUGAAGGCGAUCCGCCUCGGCGAGGCGCUCGGCUCCAACCGCUGCGCGCUCCACAACGGCGGCUGCUCGCAUCUCUGCUUCAACAGGCCCGGGGACUACGUGUGCAGCUGUCCGCUGGUUUUGGAACUCGGCAGUGAUCGCAAGACUUGCGUGGAGCCCGAAGCGUUUCUGGUGUACAGUCGCAAGAACGUAAUUGGCAGGAUCAGCAUAGAGAAUGAAAACAACGACGCAGUGUUGCCGAUAAAGGAACUGAAGGAAGUCAGCGCUCUUGCCGUGCACGUGUCUGGAGCUAAGUUAUACUGGUCGGACAGCAAAAUGAAAACAAUCAGUCGAUGUUCUAUAGACGGAACUAAUGUAGAGAAGAUAUUAGAGUGGAUGGGAUUAGUUGAAGGUCUCGCAAUCGACUGGGCGGGGCAGAACAUCUACUGGACGGACACGGCUACGCAGCGCAUCGAGGUGGCGCGGCUCGACGGCUCCAGCAGGAGAGCGCUCAUCUGGCAAGGGCUGAAGAAACCGAAGAGUAUUGUGCUCGACCCUAAGAAAGGAUACAUGUAUUGGUCAGAACUCGGUUCGAAGAGUAUCAAACGCGCCGCCAUGGAUGGGUCGUCGCCCACCGUGUUUAUGGAGCAAGUAGGCAGGGUCCACGCCCUCGCCAUAGACUACGAGAAGCGUGCCAUCUACUGGGCGGCACUGGACCCGCCCGUCAUAGAGUUCGCGUACCUCAACGGCACUGGCAGGAGGACGUUAGCUGACGACAUACCGAUGCCGUUUGCACUCACACUGUAUAAUGAUUCGGUGUUUUGGGGCGAUUGGAAUACGGGUAUAGUAGAGAGCGCCAAGAAACGCGACGGGUCCCAGCGCCGGGCGGUGCACGCCGGGCUGGACUACCUGUCCGACCUCAAGGUGUUCGGCGGCGCGGGCGCGGCGGGCGGCAACCAGUGCGGCGCCGACAACGGCGGCUGUGCGCACCUGUGCCUCGCCGCGCCCGCCGACUACCGCUGCGCCUGUCCCGCGCACUACCGCCUCGCCAGGGACAACGUCUCCUGCACCGAACCAGAAGAAUUUCUGUUAUUCGCCCAAAAGAACGCAGUUGGUCGAAUAUUGGUGGCCAAUGGGGAGAGCAAUGACGCGUUCAUACCUUUAACCGGCUUGAAAAACGUCAAAGCCAUCGAAUACGACCCUGUCAAUAAGUUCUUAUACUGGAUGGACGACGACUCGCACGCGAUACGACGCGUUCCCAUAUCGUACUCGACGACAUCAGCUGUGACGGACUCGUCGCCGGUGGUGACGGGGCUCUCGCGCCCCUUCCAUAUGGCGCUGGACGUAUUGGGAAGGACCCUCUACUGGACAUGUUCCGAUACAGACUCGAUAAACGCGACCACUAUCGAUACCAACUCGUCUGUCAGCGUCAUUGUUAGAGGAGAUAACAUGAUGCCACGACACCUCGCUUUUCAUCAGACCAAGAGACUGUUGGUGUGGAACGACGUAGGCCGUGGCGCCAUAACGCGCGCGAGCGUGGACGGCACCGCGCGUGUGGACCUCGCGCACGUGGCCAACGCUACCGCGCUCGCCAUCGACCAGCCUGCCGCCACCGUGUAUUGGGCCGCCGGCAGACAGAUACACGCCAUCGACCUCGACGGAUCCAACAAGCGGCUGGUGUGGCAGGGCGGCUGGGCGGGCGCGCUGGGCGUGCACGGCGGCGCGCUGUACCUGGGCGGCGGCGAGCGCGCGCUGGCCCGCGUGCCGCUGCACCGCCGCGACGCGCCCGCCGCCUCCGUGCCGCACCUCGCCCGGCUCGUCGCGCUGCGGCAACUCACCAAGACCGCGCGCACGCACGCGUGCUGGCUGGGCGGAGCGCUGCGGCAGCGGCGCGGGCGCGUGCGGCGCGGGGGCGCGUGCGGGUGCGCGCCGCACUGCCAGGCGGCGCCGCGCUGCGCCGCGGACCACUUCCUCUGCGACGCGCAUCUGCCGCGCCCGCGCUGUCUGCUCAACGACUGGAAAUGCGACGGUCAGAAGGACUGCGCGGACGGGUCGGACGAGGCGGAGUGCGGCGCGUGCGGCGGCGGGCUCGUGCGCUGCGCGGACGGCGCAUGCGCCAACGCGCUGCACGCUUGUGACGCCGGCGUCUACUGCGCCUCCGCGCAGCUGCCCGACGCCUUCCGAUGUGACGACCGUCUAUGUCUGGCGGCACGUCUGCUGUGCGACGGCCGGCAGCACUGUGACGACGGCUCUGACGAAGCGCCCGCAGCCUGCGGGUACACGCACAAGGAUCAGAGCGGUCGCGGCGGUCGCGGCUGGAGCGCGUUCGUGGUGUGCGGGCUGGUGGCGGUGGGGCUCGGCGCGGCGGGCGGCGCGGGCGCGGCGCUGCGGCGCUGGCGGCGGCGCGUUUUGGAACUCGGCAGUGAUCGCAAGACUUGCGUGGAGCCCGAAGCGUUUCUGGUGUACAGUCGCAAGAACGUAAUUGGCAGGAUCAGCAUAGAGAAUGAAAACAACGACGCAGUGUUGCCGAUAAAGGAACUGAAGGAAGUCAGCGCUCUAGCCGUGCAUGUGUCUGGAGCUAAAUUGUACUGGUCAGACAGCAAAAUGAAAACAAUCAGUCGAUGUUCUAUAGACGGAACUAAUGUGGAGAAGAUAUUAGAGUGGAUGGGAUUAGUUGAAGGUCUCGCAAUCGACUGGGCGGGGCAGAACAUCUACUGGACGGACACGGCGACGCAGCGCAUCGAGGUGGCGCGGCUCGACGGCUCCAGCAGGAGCGCUCAUCUGGCAAGGGCUGAAGAAACCGAAGAAUACAUGUACUGGUCAGAACUCGGUUCGAAGAGUAUUAAACGCGCCGCCAUGGACGGGUCAUCGCCUACCGUGUUUAUGGAGCAAGUAGGCAGGGUCCACGCCCUCGCCAUAGACUACGAGAAGCGUGCCAUCUACUGGGCGGCACUGGACCCGCCCGUCAUAGAGUUCGCGUACCUCAACGGCACUGGCAGGAGGACGUUAGCGGACGACAUACCGAUGCCGUUUGCACUCACACUGUAUAAUGAUUCGGUGUUUUGGGGCGAUUGGAAUACGGGUAUAGUAGAGAGCGCCAAGAAACGCGACGGGUCCCAGCGCCGGGCGGUGCACGCCGGGCUGGACUACCUGUCCGACCUCAAGGUGUUCGGCGGCGCGGGCGCGGGCGCGGCGGGCGGCAACCAGUGCGGCGCCGACAACGGCGGCUGUGCGCACCUGUGCCUCGCCGCGCCCGCCGACUACCGCUGCGCCUGUCCCGCGCACUACCGCCUCGCCAGGGACAACGUCUCCUGCACCGAACGCAGUUGGUCGGAUAUUGGUGGCCAAUGGGAGAGCAAUGACGCGUUCAUACCUUUGACCGGCUUGAAGAACGUCAAAGCCAUCGAAUACGACCCUGUCAAUAAGUUCUUAUACUGGAUGGACGACGACUCGCACGCGAUACGACGCGUUCCCAUAUCGUACUCGACGACAUCAGCUGUGACCGACUCGUCGCCGGUGGUGACGGGGCUCUCGCGCCCCUUCCAUAUGGCGCUGGACGUAUUGGGAAGGACCCUCUACUGGACAUGUUCCGAUACAGACUCGAUAAACGCGACCACUAUCGAUACCAACUCGUCUGUCAGCGUCAUUGUUAGAGGAGAUAACAUGAUGCCACGACACCUCGCUUUUCAUCAGACCAAGAGACUGUUGGUGUGGAACGACGUAGGCCGUGGCGCCAUAACACGCGCGAGUGUAGACGGCACCGCGCGUGUGGACCUCGCGCACGUGGCCAACGCCACCGCGCUCGCCAUCGACCAGCCCGCCGCCACCGUGUAUUGGGCCGCCGGCAGACAGAUACACGCCAUCGACCUCGACGGAUCCAACAAGCGGCUGGUGUGGCAGGGCGGCUGGGCGGGCGCGCUGGGCGUGCACGGCGGCGCGCUGUACCUGGGCGGCGGCGAGCGCGCGCUGGCCCGCGUGCCGCUGCACCGCCGCGACGCGCCCGCCGCCUCCGUGCCGCACCUCGCCCGGCUCGUCGCGCUGCGGCAACUCACCAAGACCGCGCGCACGCACGCGUGCUGGCUGGGCGGGCGCUGCGGCGGCGGCGCGGGCGCGUGCGGCGCGGGGGGCGCGUGCGGGUGCGCGCCACACUACCAGGCAACGCCGCGCUGCGCCGCGGACCACUUCCUCUGCGACGCGCAUCUGCCGCGCCCGCGCUGUCUGCUCACCGCCUGGAAAUGCGACGGUCAGAAGGACUGCGCGGACGGGUCGGACGAGGCGGAGUGCGGCGCGUGCGGCGGCAGGCUCGAUGCGCUGCGCGGACGGCGCAUGCGCCAACGCGCUGCACGCUUAUGUGACGACCGUCUAUGUCUGGCGGCACGUCUGCUGUGCGACGGCCGGCAGCACUGUGACGACGGCUCUGACGAAGCGCCCGCAGCCUGCGGGUACACGCACAAGGAUCAGAGCAGUCGCGGCAGUCGCGGCUGGAGCGCGUUCGUGGUGUGCGGGCUGGUGGCGGUGGGGCUCGGCGCGGCGGGCGGCGCGGAUCAUCGUCGAGUCCGGUGUCGCGCUACCCGCGGCCCACGGCGAACCCUCGCCGAGCCGGCGACGGCGAGCGGCGGCGGGAACACGCCGCGGCGGCGCCCCUACCGCCACUACCGCGCCAUGAACCGGCCGCCGCCGCCCACGCCGGCAUCCACGGACGCGUGCGAGUCGGAGCCCGAGCCGCCGGCGCGUGCGCCGCCGCCCUCGCCCGCGCCCGCGCUCUACUGACACACAUGUGCACAGCUAAUACUAUGUCGUUAUCAAAAGGUAUUAUUAACAUGCGCAGUUUUUUUUAUAUCGCUAUUUGUUAAUUUUUAUUUGUCUAAAAAAUUCUAUCGGAAACAUAAUUUCAUAUUGCUUGAUAUAACACCAUUUUGUAAUCACUUUCUGAUACAUUAUUAGGUUGUUCAUAAAGCUUUGUGGUUAGCGCAUUAUAAAAACCAUGUAUUCCUUUUAAGCUUGUUUCGAACAGACUUUAAAUACGGCGUUGAAAAUUCCUAAUGUGUACUCGCAUUAUAAGUUAUUACAGAGAGUAAAUAUUUAGUUAGGUCAUGAUACACAAAGCAUUGUGGUAGCUUUAUUUAACAUAAUUCGACGGUUAUAAAGUUAAGUGACUUGAGCUCUUUUUUGGACAUUAAGUUUAUACAUGUUUGAAAUUAGCACAUUAUUCUGCGUUUUUUAAAUAUAGUUUCAGUCAAGUAACUUUAAAAUCAUCGAUAUUAUGGUUCGUUAUUUAUCGUGUACCGUCGGAUAAAAAAACUCAAGAAGUGUCAUUUUUUCUUAAUCGGCUUUGGCAGCUUUAAUUUACAUUUAUUUAUGUUUCAAGUCUUUUAUGUAGCAUCGGAUUAUAAAACUAAAAAUGUCUCAAAGGGUUUAUGAGCAAAUGAGACAGCUUUAAAUUCUUUCCAGUACUAUCGAAUUCUAAAAGUUAAAAAUUCCAAAAGAAGUUAGUAAAUUGACAUUUUUCAAAAUAAUUCUCAUAAAGUUAUAAAACUUAAAGAAGCCUCAAAAAGCUUUUGCACAAAUCGAAUUUGCAAGCUUAUUUUUACCAUCAUAUUACUUAGCGUCACUGCACGCUAGCGGGCGUAGCUCCGGCAAUGAAUCAUGUGAAAGCCACAACAACAUACACUCCACACCGGCAUUCUCGAAUUUCAUUUUAUAGAAUAUUCGAUAACUUUCAAUCGGAACACGUGCAUCGCUAAAACAGUCGACUUUAUUUACGAGCUUUUAUUAAUCUGUUUGGAAAUUUUGUAUUGAUAAUAUUAUCAGUUCUGAAUGUAUCCAUUGCAGUUCGCUUGACGUAUUUGUCUAAAUAUUCGUGCCUUGCGGCAAUGUAAUAUAGACUGCGUAGAUGGAGAACUAAGUCGAUAUUGGCCUAAUUAUUCAAAUACGCCAAGUUGAAUACGAGCGUGAUAUUACGGCUUGGUUGCCGUAUAACAUUCGAUCAAGUUAUAGAGAAGGUAUCAGUAGGGAAGGGUCCAUAUUACCCGAUUCCUGCCGGUUUCCGUUUGUGUAGGAUUAUGUGGAAUAUAUCAUUAGAUAAUUAUCAUUAGAACGAUUUGCAGACUGCAUUCAUGCAUAUGAGUAAGUCUAUGCUGUGUUGGGUUCCCUUUCGAAAAACUUCACCCUUCGCCACUGGAAGGUAUUAGAACUAUUUGAUAGUCUAUAACUAAUUGCCAUUAUGACGUUAUUAGUAAAUCUACUUAAUCAUUAUCUACAUGAAUCCUGCAGAUAAGAAACAGCUUAGUCUGAGGGCAAAGUUGAACCAAAGUAACGGAUCGCGGGGCGUUAAGAGUAUCCAAACAUACCCAGUAGAAAUACUGUGAAAAAUGCCACAUCAAAAUUAUAUACGAUAUACAUGCUGGAUUAUGUGUAGUGACGCCCGCCACACGUCCCACACGGCCAACUUUGUUGCCUGGACUCAUUUCACUAUGGUGCUAUGUAACUGUUUGUGCCUCGAUAAUUUUAAGGAAAAAUCUAUAUAUUGACUGUACAGAGUGUAGUUUAAGCUAGUGUUAAUUGUAAAUAAUAUUUAUGUAAAAAAUAUGUUUAUAAAAUUAAUAGCGUAGUAACAAUUGUAAGGGAUGGCGCAUGUAAAAGUAUGAUUCCUAAAAUUAAUGCAAUCGGUCGAGCAAUAACACCAUUGGCUAAGAACUGCGCGCGGCCUUACCGAUAUCAUUUAAGGUUGAAACACCUAACAUAAAGGCCAAAUUUGCAGUCAGUUUAAAGUUAUUAAAAAUAAUAUCGACGGUUGAAAGGCUAAUUGUUUUAGGCCACAUUUCUAAGCGACACUAAGUUUCAUACAUAUUUAAAAUCAGCAAUUUUUUCUAUUUUUUUAAUCUAGUUUUUUUUUUUCGAAAUAAAAUGUCGCUUACAUCAAUUACCUUUCCAACCGCCAAUAAAAACAAAUAUAAAAAACUUCAAAAUGUUUUCCAAUGUUAAUAGAUUGCAUAUACAACUACGUGGAUUGUCUGUUUGUCAAGUUUCGAUUGCAAAAUAAUAUACUUAAAACUGUUCGUAUGUUACUGGUCUAUAAUAGAUACAACAUGACAGGUUUGUUUAUGUUUCGUAUAAUCUGUUACUUUCAAAGUAUAUAAAUAAACGGAAAUCAACAAAUCUUUGUUACAAAUUUAAAAUAUGUGUAAUGUGGGUGCAUAACGUAAAGGAGGCAUCUGAUUUUUGCCACUAGAGCGGCGACACGAUGUUGUAGAUAAAUUGCACACUUCACUUAUUUGUUAAUCUGUGGCCGCCUAUAUUUGGAAUAUAAACAUAACAUUGACCCGAAAUCUGUUGUAUCGGUUUAUGAGGCGCAUGCAAAGAUGCCUGCGCAAUCGUUAACACUAAAAUUAUGUAUGAGAAUGACAUAUACGAUAGACUUAUCGAUAGGAUAUGUCUAUACAUUGUUUCUGUUUUCUAUUAGCGUUAACGAUUGUACAGUCAUCUUAGCUACACCCUCUGGUGAGCUUAAAAUGACUUUAAUGAAAGAAUCGUCCCCUUUACUGAAGUUCACGAGGAAUUGUUAGAGUAAAUAAUUGUUUUGUGUUAGAUGUAAUGACAAAUCGAUCAUAAUUAGCGGAUGAAUUAUAAGCGUUCCCAUCGAGAACAUUUGAGGGGAAGUUCUACCUGGAACGCGCUGUUAUCCUGACUAGCAUAAAAAUAUAUUCUUUAGAUAUUGUCAAUAUAUUUUAAAAGUUAUUACUUUAUGUACAGUUGGCAUUUACUUUAUUAAAAUAUUUUAAGUGUACAUACAAAUUAGUCAAUAAUUUAAUUCAAGUGUAAAUCUUAAUCAAACAUCAACACUGUAAAAAGUAAUAAAUCGUCAGACUGUGAGCAAUUUUAAUAAAAUUUUGUACCUGUUAAA